GUAAUUAAAGGUUUGGAGCUACCGGUUCACAUUGAAGGCAAGGAGGAACCUUUGUUGUACAGGCUGAUUGGACCAAAUACUUUUCUACACAGAUAUGAAGAAAAUUCUAAUUCACAAGCAGGCGUGAUCAUUUAUAAUAAGUGAAGAAAAAGUGAAAGAUCGUGUAAGGAACUAGUGACACAGAAGACCUAGGAAAAUGGUUAUCCCUUUUAACAUCUACAGCUGGUUUAGAAAUAGAUAUGUACAAUGUGGACGACGGAGGCUGACCUGCCUUGUAUCACUGCUACUUCUAUUAGGGGGAGUAAUGAUCCUCAUAGAAGUGUCUCUAGUGUCUUCUAGGUACGAGCUUGUCAAGGUUCACCCUCGCGAGGAAGUCGUCCACACGGAGGAGAUUGCGAACGCCAAGGAAGGGGAAGAGGAUGAAACCGUGAAAAAUGAACCAAACGAUUCUGUUUCCAAUCAACCUUUACAGCAAUCAACUCAAAAAGAAAAAUUUUCCUACCCUUUGAAUGUUAAUAUUUCUGAAGCAAUAAAUCAGAAAAGUAUGUACGGCAAGCCGAUACCAUACAUUCCGAUAAACUUACACAUAUAUGAAUAUCUAAAUCGACCGCCCGAUUGUAAGUUCCCCAAUGGAAAUACCAAAAAUAUUCUCGUGUUCAUCAAGUCCCCAGCUAUGAACAUAGAACAGAGAAUAGCUGUGCGGGCCAUAUGGAGACAAGUGGCAGUUCCAACUGUUAAACGUGUGUUCACACUUGGCAGAGUGACUGGACCAAAAUGGCGGAUAGAACAAGAGAGCAGAUUGUAUAACGACAUCUUGCAGGAAACAUUUGAUGACCAGCUGAACGACACUCUAAAAAUCGUGAUGUCCUAUAACUGGGCGGUCAAGUAUUGCCCGAUGGCAGAUCUUCUUCUAUUUCUUAAUGACAAUUUUUACGUCGAGUAUAACAAAAUUGCGGCUUACUUGCGGUUUGUCAUGGAAACCAAGAGCCGCAAUGUUUACAUUGGUAAAGUAGUGUCGUACGUUCCGCCUUACAGAGACGAGA